UAGUUUCGUAGCUUCGUCUAGUCAGGCCACCCGACGAAAAUGCGUUUAUUGGUGUCGUGUAGAACAUUAUUUUCAAAGUGUUUAUCUCUUCACUCACGAGCAGGAGUUUGUGAAUGCUUAGAGACGUUUCCAAAGGUACAAGCAGCGAGGUACUGCUGUCAGCCUGGGUCAAAACAUGUUUCCCUCUCUUAUGCAUCGUACGAAUCCACUCAAGCCGAGGAUCAGAGGUCGCCAAUUAUCAUCCUUCAUGGACUCUUUGGCAGCAAGAACAACUGGAAAAGCCUGUCUAAGGCGAUGAUCAACGCGACGAAACGUAAGGUCUAUGCUUUGGAUGCCCGUAACCAUGGAGAAAGCCCGCACACUGAAGAAAUGGACUACAUACUGAUGGCCAAUGACGUAGAUCUCUUUUGCAAAGAGCGUGGCCUUCAAAAGGUUGCCAUCAUUGGGCACAGUAUGGGUGGCAGGAGUGCCAUGACUUUUGCCUUGACAAGACCAUCCAUGGUAGAACGACUUGUGGUGGUGGACGUGUCUCCGAUAACCAUGCCAUCUAUUGUCAUGCACGACAACGUCCUUGUCAACCACAUUAACUCUAUGGAUACUGUUCUUCCUCAACUAUCACCAGACAUGUCCUCCCCAGCAGCUCGUAAGGAAGCUGACCGUAUCCUGGCGAAUGAUAUACCUGAAGUUGCUGUGCGCCAAUUUUUGCUGGCCAACCUUCAGAAGGGGGAACGUCUAUACGAGUGGCAGUUCAACUUGAAGGCACUGAAGCAAAACCUUCCCAAUAUCAUCCAGAUGCCUGACUUGAAAGGGCUCACCUAUGAUGGAGAGACCCUGUUUGUCUGUGGUGGUGACUCUCCGUAUGUAAGCAAACGGGAUCAUGGUGCCAUCAAGGAGAAGUUCCCCAAGGCCAACAUAAUUUACAUCAAAGGCGGCGGACAUUGGGUUCACGCCGAUAAACCUGCGGAAUUCUUAAACUUGAUCAAAGAGUUUAUGGGUGAUGGCACGUCAUAGUUGCUGUUGUCACUUCGCACUGCUAUGUUGGCACGGUUGCUGUAUUUUGUUACUCAUUAUGUUGUACAAUAGUUAUGCGCUUCUUUUAAGUAGAACAUAUUGCUCAAUAAAUUUUGUAUACAAAACCUGCAAAAGAACAAACGAAAUCAUAUUUUAGCAUCAUCACACAUGAAUCUUGUUGUAAGAGAACCCAGCUUAUAGCAUGUUUUUUUUUUUUACUUUCAACAGUACCAUGCUUGCACAAAGGAAUGCAACCAUUUAGUUUCAUUGCAUACUUCAGUGCCAUGGCAUGCCUCGCACGACGUUUGGCACCAUGAGUUUAGAAUAUGAAUGUAUCAUAUGACAUAUAUACUGUAUCCCUUGUAAACAUAGAAGACAAGCUACCAAAAGAAAAAUUCCCCAGGCAUUAUCUACAGCAUCCCAUGCACAGACUGCGAUCAAAGUUACAAUGGUGGGACAGGCAAUUUUCAGCAAUGACUCAAGCAGCAAAUGUGGGAUGUAAGAAAGAAUAAUGUAUAUUCAAAUGUUCUGGCUCUACACGCAGAAGAGACAUGACAUGAAAUAGACAGGGACAACGCAAAGAUGGUAGAAUAAGGAAAGAACUGGACUUCUCGGCUUUUUCUUGAAUCCCUGACAAUCCAGACCACACAAUUAAUCGCAAUGAUGGCAACUUUCUUCAUGUGCAUGCACGUUGCUUACAUCACAUCUUAAAGCAAACAUAACUGGACCGUUUUUGUCUUCAACUUCAUUGUGAACAAGGCUCCCAUGCGGGAGCUGAAACAUCUUGCUUUUAUAAACUGUCAUGGUCGGUG